GGGAUUUAAAAGGGAGGAUAUACAAAUUAUAUAAAAGCCAUAAGAAAAACUAUUUCUAGCAAAUAUAAAAAUGUUAAACAAAAUAAGGUUGUAUGACUUCUAUCGUAAUAAUAUCGUUUCGGGUAUUUUUUAUUAGUUUAGAUUUUUAUGAUUAUUAUAUUAUUAAUCUGUCCUGAGUAAUAAAACUAAAAUAAUAAAACGUUUUUGUGCAUUUUAUGAAAUGUCUGUUGUAUUAUAUUCUGUUCUAUUCUUUUCUACUACAAAGAUAUUUUAUGUUUUGGUGCACAAAUGCCUUUUGAAUUUCUGGUCAACAUGUGGAGGCAUAUACCGCUUUUGCAAAAGCUCGAGACUGUCCAACCUUAGACGCGCGUGCCCCUUUAGGAAAUGUAACCAAGGUUAUAUUAUUGCAAAAGUGCAAUACGUUUUUGUCAGAUGUAUUAUCAUUUGUAUUACUAUAGUUUGACAACAAAUAAUAAUAAAUAAACUUGGUUAUGCUUUUACUACCAAUAAAACCAAAGUUCUGUGGUUAGUUAAACCAAAAAAAUGUUUUACAUUUUCGGGGACUGUGUUAAAUAAAAGGCUAUGUGUAGAAGUCUACAAAACAUACACAAAAACUUAAACGUAUUGACAGCUCUCUAAACCAAACCAAACCAAACCAAACCAAACCAAACAAACAACAAAAUAAUUAUAUUUUCUUAAGAAACUUUAGCAACUAUUCACCUAUUAUAUAAUUCACAUUGAAGAGUCAUAGGGUGUGGAUGUGGCUUCACAAAGCAGGCCAUAAUCAACUGUACCCCGGACAAGAAUGAAUGGUGUGUAUUGGCUAUAGACCAAACAGUCUCAAUGAGACAGGGACACAUAUUGGUGGGAAGUAACCAAAAUGAAUAAAAGUGAAUUAUUGUGAGUUUUGCGUUUUUGGAAUCGGCAUUCCCUAUUUUCAGUUAGGCUACGUUUGUCAAAAAGUCAUGGAAACAUUGGCUGCUGAUGCCCUGCUAAUAAUGACUUGUGGCUGUGUGGUAAGACGUGGGAGGGGCCUCAGAGAAACUUUUGUAGCUUUUGAGGCGUGCACUUUAUUGAUUCUUGUCUAAAAUUGAGAGUGAAGGUGAAUCUGCGCGAGCUACUCGUAUAAUGGCCCUUUCCGGGACGGGUGAUGAUUUUUCCUGAAUCUUUUUCGUGAUUGAGGCAAUUCAAGGCUUCUCUUUUUCAUCUGUUAUCUGGGAAGAAGAAUGGAUUGCCCGUGCGCGCGCUCCCAUCAUGACAAGAACAGAGCGGAGAGCGCGCGCGACAGACAGAAUGUCACCGUUUCAAUAGCAAUGUUGUUUUUGGUAACGCUUCUUCCGUGCGCGCUCGCAGCACACUUGGCCGUCAUAUCCCCCCAGGAUACGGUGCUUCGCAUUGGCUCGAGUUUGACAGCGGUGUGCACGGUUAGCGCCGAGCUGGAAAUAACAGCUAGAUCUUUGUACUGGACGCUGAACGGGAGACGCUUAGCUAGAAACACGUACAGGGUGCUGAGCCCGACCGAAUCGAGCGUCACGCUACAUCAACUCAAUGGUUCAUUGCAGCAGUCGGGGGACAACCUGGUUUGUCACCGUGGAAAUGGAGAAGUUUUGGCUGGAUCGUGCAUUUAUGUUGGUUUGCCUCCUGAGAAACCCGUCAACCUGACAUGCUGGUCACGAAACACAAAGGACCUCAGCUGCAGUUGGAGUCCAGGGAGUCGAGAAGAGACGUUCAUCAAUACCAAAUACAUCCUCAAGUACAAACUAAAAUGGUACGGCAAAGAAAAGGAUUGCGAGGAAAACACGGGACAGCCGUAUACGUGUUACAUUCCAAGAGAUUUGGCCAUUUUUACACCAUAUGAGAUCUGGGUGGAAGCGGCCAAUCAGCUUGGCUCUGCCACAUCUGAUGUCAUCACUUUGGACAUAUUAGACGUGGUAACUACAGAUCCACCCUCUGAUGUUUACGUGAGUCGCGUUGGAGAUCUGGAGGACCAGUUAAGUGUCCGUUGGGAAAGUCCUCCUGCCCUCAAAGAUUACCUGUUUCAAUCCAAGUACCAGAUACGAUAUCGUCUGGAAGAGAGCGAAGAAUGGAAGGUGAUAGAUGAUGCUGGGAACCAGACAUCUUGUCGUUUAGCGGGUCUAAGGGCCGGCACUGUAUAUUUCGUGCAGGUGCGCUGCAGCCCAGUCGGUAUCUACGGUUCGAGGAAGGCCGGCAUCUGGAGCGACUGGAGUCACUCGACGGCCGCGUCCACACCUGGCAUCGACAGAUUAAAUAGUGGUUCCUGCGAUCUGAAGCCCAGUGAGCCGAACUCAACGCUAAGAAAGGAGCUCAAGCAGUUUUUCGGCUGGAUGCGGAAACACUCCUACGGCUGCACGGACGUUAGCAUCAAACUCUACGACCAGUGGCGUGUCUGGCUACAGAAAGCCCAAAAAACGCACGACCAGGUUGGUAAGCUGAACCCACAUCUACAUUUACAUUUAUGCAUUUGGCAGACGCUUGUAUCCAAAGCAACUUACAUUGCAUGAUACAAUACAUUUGUGCAAUCCCUGGGAUCGAACCCAUGACCUUGGUGUUGCUAGCGCCAUGUUCUAACCACUGAGCUACAGGAAAGCAUCUCUUUGUUUCUUAAUACCACACAUCAGACAGCAAAUCAUUACUGUUGGCAUACAUGAAAUAGGGCCCGUGCAAAAAGCAUUUAGCGGUUUUACGUGAAAAAAGGGAAUAAAAAAAAUAUCUUUAUGCUUUUGAUCAACGGACACAUUUGAUUGCGUUCGCUAAUGCCGAAGCAUCUUUUUAUUUUCGGACGGCUACCACAACAGAGAGAGAACGGCCGGUAUAAGUAAUCAGCAGGAAUGCUAAUAAAUUCCUCGUAGGUUAGACUGCAUAGCAAAGAUACAGCUGUGAUCGAGCCGAGCCCAAAAAGCCUAGAGCGGCGUUGUGGAUCCUCCUAACCAACAUCCGCUGCACGCUCUCUGAACCGAUUCGGUGGUUACUGUUCCUCUGGCAUUGUCGACUGUUGUGAGACUUAGCUCGCUUGAUUAGUCACACUAUCCUUUGAAGACAACUUUUAACUGAAUAUUGUGCGCUACAAGAAUGGCUGGUACCAAUUACGAUUCUUUCCAUCCAUAUAUCAAAUCAUCACAUUUACUUGUAAAUGUCAUUGUGUUGCCUUGCAGGUACUACAAAACGGUAAAUCAUAGUGAAACUCUGAAACGCUCCUGAUGACAAGGAUUUUAUCACUCUCCAGUGCUCGGGAUAUUUCUUUUGGAAGACUUUCUGAAGGAACCCACAAGCAACCCGCAGUUUGGUGACAUGAUCUACUGUUCUCCUCCUGCUGUAGACUCCAACAAAACAGCAGAGGAAGUGCUUAUGUCUCAGAUGUAUUAUUUAUAAGGGCAUUAAAAUACAAAGAAAUAGACUUGAUGUUAUGAGCGCAUAAAAUCAAACCUUAAAAGAGAUUUUAUGCAUAAUUGGGAGCUUUGUGAAGAUUCAUGCAGUCCUCAUAAGGAGCAAACGCGCGCUGUUGACUUAACAUCCGAAAUAAGGAGCAUCACUUAAAUAACUUGCUGAAGCUCCAGGAUAUACUGCUGGAAGAUUAUUUUAGAAAAAAGGUGAACUAUGAUCAUGAUUAUGUACAGUACAUUGUAAAAUAAGAAAUAACAUUUUAUCUUGCAUAUGUGGCUUUUUGAGUCACUGAUACUAAGAA